AUGUGGGCACUGCCGGGGAGCCGGGAGUGCCCGGGUCACCCCGCGGGUGGGUGCCGCGGGUCGGUGGGGUACCCGCAAGUACCGGGGCCCGGCGGGGCUCCCGCCUGCCCCGCGCUCUGCACCUGCUACGUCUCGCCGCCCACCGUCAGCUGCCAGGCCAACAACUUCACCUCGGUGCCCGCGGGGCUCCCGCCCGGCGCCCGCCGCCUCUUCCUGCAGAACAACGUCAUCGGGGCGCUGCGGGCGGGCACCUUCGGGCCCAGCACCGUCACCCUCUGGCUCUACUCCAACAACAUCUCCUCCAUCCAGCCGGGCACCUUCCGCCACCUGCCCGCCCUGGAGGAGCUCGACCUGGGUGACAACCCGCACCUCCGCGUCCUGGCCCCCGACACCUUCCACGGCCUCCACCGCCUCCAGGCCCUGCACCUGUACCGGUGCCGGCUGGCCAGCCUGCCCAGCGGCAUCUUCCGCGGCCUCCGCAGCCUCCAGUACCUCUACCUGCAGGAGAACGGGCUGCUCUACCUCCAGGACGACCUCUUUGCCGACCUGGCUAACCUGAGCCACCUCUUCCUGCACGGCAACCGGCUGCGGGCGCUGUCGGAGGGCGUCUUCCGGGGGCUGUCGAGCCUGGACCGCCUGCUGCUGCACGCCAACCGGCUGGCAGCCAUCCACCGCCGCGCCUUCGGGGGGCUGGCGCGUCUCACCAUCCUCUACCUGUUCAACAACAGCCUGGUGGCCCUGCCCGGGGACCCGCUGGCUGCCCUGCCCUCGCUUCAGUUCCUGCGCCUCAACGCCAACCCCUGGGCCUGCGACUGCCGUGCGCGCCCGCUGUGGGCCUGGUUCCGCCGCACGCGUGUCUCCAGCUCCCCGGUGCCGUGCGCCAGCCCUCCGCACCGCCGCGGCACCGACCUGCGCCACCUCCGCCCCCGAGACUUCGACGCCUGCCCCGAGGACGACGACGACGAGGAGGAGAUGGAAGAUGGCAACGGCGGCGGUGGCAACGGGGUGGCGGUGAUGGGCACCCCGGGGCGGGCGCUGGGUCGCCCCGGGACCCUCCCGGCCGCACCGCCCUCCGCCUUCUACCGCGACGGGCUGCCCCCCCACGACCUGCGGGGUCCCCAGCCCCGGCCUUCCACCCCCCUGACCGCGCCGAUUCGGGAGGGGAUCGGCUGUCCUUGUGCUCCCUGUGGCUCUGGGAAGUGGUUCCCCCGGAUCGGCCGGCUCCCGCCCCGGCACAGAGCUGGAUUUGGGCAUUAG